AUGAUCGCAGAUCCUUUCCCUACCGAAAUUAGAUUCACGGUGGCACCGGCAGAUCACCCUGUGAUUGUGACGCUACGGGGUAGUGAGGAUACGGAAGGUAUCAUUAGCACGUCCUCCUCUGGUCCAACUUCUCAUCAACAGGUGUCUAGUCUUGGUGAACUUUCACGCGCACUCACUAGGUUUCUGCGUCCCGACGUUGUUGUCCAGUCUGUUCACCCUCACCCAAUGCUGAGCAGGCUUGUGUGCCUCUGGGUGGGUAGGAAAAGGUGGUCCCGGAUUAGACGGGCUUAUAAAGACUACGUAGCAACCACUGCCAACAAUCGUGGUGCUGAGAAACUUACUCAGGUACGGAAAAAAUGGGACGCUCACAGCGGAGAAGCUCAACAAGGGUUAGAACAACUCGAGUGGAAGCGUAUUCGGCGUGUGGUGGGGCUGAAUACCUGGGGAGAACAGCUACGUUUCCGCCUCAAACAUUACGCCUUCUCACUCUUCGACAUAACUCAAAAUGUUUGGGGUUGCCCUCACGCUGCAUGUAGAGGCGUCCGAAGUGUGAAGCUUUAUCACGUGUUUUGGGAAUACCCUUGA